AUUACUGUGCUAUCCAAAAAACAAAAACUUCUUGUGAAAGAUAGUGUUUUUUUUUGUGUGUGUGUGUGUGAUUGUAAUAGAACAUUCUUGUACUAAUUUUCAUAACCAUGAUGCAUGUCUUCAAAAACUAAUUUUUUUUCCUUGUAUGUGACAGGUGGAAGCUUGAAAGUUUAGAAGUUUUAUUGGAAUUUGUGAAAACCAAGAUGGGUGUAUCAGAUGUGUGUCCUACUGUGGAUACAAUUAGGGCAUUCCUUGAACACUUGGUUGAUCCAAUGCUGCCAGAAAAACCUUCAAUUAGAGAUGAAGAACCUGCAUUAUCUCAACAACACAAAGUUGCAAAACAGGUGCAUUCUGCUGUGCUACUGUACAACUAUUACCACAGAAAACAGAAUCCAGAGCUAGAAUUUGUUGCAUUUAAGGAUUUUUGCAAGUUGUUUGUGAAUCUGAGACCAGCAUUGUUACCAUACAUGAAAUUCACCCAGAAGCCUGAUGAAACCGACCUUGUUGAUGUGGAUCAACAGCUGUCAUUAACAGAAAAAGAGAUUGCAAGUUCAUGUGAUAUAUGUACACAUUUAGAUGCGUCGAAAAAUGUUCCUAAUAUAGAGGGAUGGCCUAUUACAAAAGUUGCCGUACUUUUAGUCAAUAGUAAGAAAGAGAAUUGCUUCUUGCUUUUUUGUUCCAUCACUGAUGGAGUAUGGUCAUUGAUCGAAAAAUAUGUGGAUACCUCUGGUCAAAGUUCUGAAGUUACAAGUGGAAUCAAAUUCACUAACCAAAAGAAAAGAGUCGUUAAGAAGCUUACGAAGAACGGAUCAAAUGUUGAUGAAGAUGGAUUUUUGCAAGUUGGGUAUUCUGCUGUUAAGGAAGCUACUGGUGUCAAUAGUAUUGAUAUAAUGGUUUUGGAAAGUUACACUGUGUAUUCUCAGAGCAAAGAGAAGACGGCUGCACGCUUUUAUAUAAUGAAGUGCUCACAAUCAAUUGAGGAGGGGAUUAUUAAAGUUCCUAUCAAAGAUUUAAUUGAAAGCUUCCGGGGUCCUUUGGUCAAAAGGAGUUCUAGCAGUUGGACGGUUACCCCAGUUGUCGAGUACUUCCACGUGCUUCCAUAUUCUGAAAUAAUCUCAGAAUGGAUUUCUAGAGAAACAUUCUCAAAUAGUUCGCAAGAUUCAAAGCCGGCAGAAAAACAAUUCCCAAAUCACGAAGUGGCAGAAUCGUAUAUAAGUAGUGAGAGCAUGCGUACUGGUCUUGAUAGCAAGCCAUACAGUGAUACUGAUACUAUUAAAGCUCUUAGUCAGAAAGAGAACAACAGUUGCUGUACAAUAACACAGUUUGGUUCUGUCAAGGAAACUCAGGAUAUGGAUGCUGACAAUUCUUUAGUUCUUCCUUCGAAAAAUAAAGAAGAAUGCCAGAAAAUUGCCAAUGAAUGUACAAGCUCUAUCGAGAACUCUCAUCAGCUUAAAAAAAGAAGAAGAGAAAUCCCAUCAAGCUAUGUGCCAUUGGAUUGUCAGGCUGAGAAGGUUGUUACAACAAGGACGCACGUCAUUAAGGGUGGAAUCAAAGAUCAAUCUGCUUCUGAUAAGCUUUGUGCCGAUACCACGUUCGAAAAUGAACCCAUAGAAAAAUGUACCGUGACUGCAAAUAACUCCAACAGAGAUCUUGAGAAGCUUCAGAUUUUCAUAGCUUCAAAGGGGGAUAUAUUGUCGCAAACCGCCCUCAAUGCUCUUAUACAAAAGAGGAAUGCACUGGCUCUUAAGCAGCGCGCUAUAGAGGAUGAGAUUGCUGUGUGUAAUAUGAAAAUUCAGAGAUGGUUAAUUGUAGGUGAAGAAGAUGAGUUGGAAUUAAAGAUGGAAUCCAUUAUAGAAGGCUGUAACAAUACACGGUUAAGAAAUCAAGGAAGGAUGUGUCAAUAUCUUGAAGAUCAAUGCUCACCUCAAUCUUUUAAGAGGAAAAGAUUGGCAGAGGCUGUGCUCAGUUUGCAAACUCCUUGCCAGGCAAGACAUGAAUUAGAUGAUAUAUGUCUUGAAAAUAAUUGGAUCCUACCAACAUAUCGUAUAUCUCAAUCAAAUGGCGGAUUCAAAGCUAAAGUAAGAGUUAAAGGAGUGGAGUUCGAGUGUUCAUGUGAGGGUAGUUCAUGUUCAUUUCCUCGUGACGCAAGGGAAUCAGCUGCUGUUCAGAUGUUAACCAAAUUAAGAAGUAUGGCAAAAUCAGCUCUCUAAUAUUGGCUCUUAUGGAGAUGGCUUCUUCACUAAUUAUGUACAUGAAUUGCAUACAAGUUUUUUUUUUCCCUUGGGCUAUUCUUGGUUUCAACCAAUGAACUUGUCCUAAUGAUGGAUUUUUUUUUCAAUCUACAUUUGUAGUUUUAAUAAUGUAGUGGAUCUUUUUUUAUUUUAAAAAGUUACUUUUUCUUCUUU